CUCUGGUCACUUGAGAAACUGAAAGUUCGUUUUCUGGCAACACUGCACUUGAUUCCUCGUGUGGACCACCGAAUUAUACGUUUUAAUAUUUGUAUAUUUAGUAUAAUUUGUUUGCGACGGUAGCUCGCGGCUUACCCUACGAACAAGGUAUCCAGGGCAACAAGGAACACAUCACCCAACAGCCUUCAAACCCAUACACCAGUACGAUUUCACUUUGCCCUUGGCAACAAGUAAUUUCCCCCUCUCCGCUUUUUGCUACGAAAGAUAGCGAUGCAGAGCGCAAAGCCUAGGUCCGCGAACAAGUCGAACCACCGACGGCCGAGAUCCGGAGUGCCUACCGGUGCAGUGGAGCCGGCCGGGGUAAAGCAGGCAGAGACAAGUGCCAGCGAUACCCAGGUGGGAAUCGAUGACAAUGCCUGCGUUGUGUGUUUUAAGAACGUGGACAUUUACUCCAUCGGCGACUGCGAUCAUCCGGUAUGCUACGAGUGCUCCACUCGGAUGCGGGUGUUGUGUGAGCAGAACGAGUGUCCCAUCUGCCGCCAUGUUUUGUCCAAGGUUUUGUUUACGCUGGAGAAGUUGCCUUAUCGCGAACUGGAGGCCAGCAACAAAUCUGAUUACUACAGCAAAAAGUACCGCAUCGGAUUCUGCACUGCUGAGAUUCGGCAGAAGUUCUUUCAACUGCUCGACCAUCCCUGCCCGAAAUGCGACGUGCCGCCGUAUCGAACCUUCCAGGGUCUUCGCAACCACGUGCGCAGCGAGCACGGCCUGCACUACUGCGACCUCUGUGUCGAGACAUUGAAGAUCUUUACCUUCGAACGCAGAUGCUACACGCAGUCAGAGUUGCAGUUGCACAAUACCAAAGGCGAUCCGGACAACCGUUCGCACCGGGGCCAUCCCUUGUGCGAAUACUGCAAGAAGCGCUACGUAGACCGUGAUGAGCUUUUCCGUCAUUUGCGACGCGAGCACUACUUCUGCCAUUUCUGCGAUGCCGACGGCUGCAACGAGUUCUACAAUGAGUAUGCGGAUCUGGCUGACCACUUUCGGCAGGAGCACUUUCUCUGCGAGGAGGGAAAAUGCGCCACUGAGCAGUUCAUUGGCGCCUUCCGCAACGAAAUCGAGUACAAGGCUCACGUGGCCAAUGUGCAUGGCAAGACACUUAACAAACAGCAGGCCAAGCAAACGCGCACACUGCAACUGGAGAUUACACUGGGCCCACGCGGACGCAGCGGGCAGACGGAGCAGGGUAUUGCCAACAUGAGGUCGCGAAACGAUGAGCACAACGACUAUUUAGACGAUUUGCCGUCGUCGAGCACCCAUCGUCAGGUGAGCAUCGAUGCUGGGAACGAGGAGGAAUUCCCCACGUUGCGUGGUGCCUCUACUGCUCCCAGCGUUUCUCUGGUAAGACCACCGCCGCCCUCAAUGCGUAAUCUUAGUGGCACAUCCGGACUUGCUAGGACAAAGGAAAACUUUCCGGCCUUGGGGGGAGGAAAUGCAGGCGGCGUGGCCGGGAACCUGGCCGCAAGAGCCGCCCAGUCUCAACAUCCAGUGGCAGCUGUAUUUAAAAAACCGACUAGUGGGGGAACUGCCUCCACUCGAGCUCAAGCUCCGAGCAAUGGAAUGAUGUUGCAUGUGUCUAACCGACCAGCCGCGCCACCGACUAAAAAAGCCGCUGCCCCCCAACUUGACUUUCCAGCUUUGCCAUCUGGUAAGGGCAGUAAGAAGAAGAAUUUGGAGGAGGACAUGUUACCCAGUGGCUCCUCUGUGCCUAUGACGAAUGUGUCUGCUAAGCAUCGCACCCUAGUCGACGACUAUGUGUCCGUGGCACACCCCAGCACCUUCCAGAAGAUUCAAAUGGUGCAAAAGGAAGAGAAUGAGGCUAAAGCGCGUCAGGAAGCUGCCAAGAAAAGUGCUCCCAAGCUAACGGCAGCCGAGUUUCCUACUCUGGGACCAAGUACCAGUUCCAAUUCCGUUAGAGCCGUCGCCCCUAAGCCUGCCAACGGCGCUGCCGCCUUAAACUGGUCCAAGCCGACGUCCGAAAAGAAGCAACGGGAGCUGGAGAAUCGCAAAGCCAAGGUGGCACCUGCCCCUGUUUUACCCACGUCCACAUCGAAACCCGUACCAAAGGCAACCAACAACAACAACAAUCAGGAGCAACAGGGUAACAAAAAAGAGAAGAAACCGAAAGAUAAGAAGAACAAUCAGGAGAAUCAGCCCAAGGCUGUCAAACAAAAGGAGAAAAACAACAACGAGCAAAAAUCUCCUACUAAUGGGUCCCCAGGCACGCCAUUACGUGCCCCGCCAGGUUUAGAAUCUAGUGGACAACUAAAACCACCGCCCGGAUUCAUGUCCAAAGUGACGGUCAAUUCAGUGGCCAAGCUACCCAACAACCUGACAUUUACCAGCUCAUCAGGCGAAUCUUAUAAAAUUGUACCUAGCCCAUAUAGUUACACCGAUCCUCCUGAUACCGCCCAAAGAAAUCAGAAAUUGGUGGACCAAUUCAGGGAUAUACUCCAAACACCAGAGGCUUUAAACGAAUUUCGAUUACUUUCGUCCAAGUUCAGAGAGGGCUCAUGCACAGGUCGUGCGUAUUACGAACACUGCCAAUGCGCCAUGCUGAGCUCGUUCCAUAGCUUAUUCCCGGAGUUGUUGGCCAUGUUGCCUGAUAUAAGCAAGCAGCAGGAACUUUAUUUAGUGCACAGUCAGCACCUGAACACCCUGUCCCCCACCCAGCGUAAAUCCGUGCCGAGCCUUGAAGUUUGCAAAGUCUGCAAACAGAUCCUCAUGGCUGCCGAUUUGGAUAGCCAUAAGAAGGCUCACGAUCUAAUCAAGAACUUCCCUGUGCUUGGCAGCUCGGCUUCCAAUGUACAACGCCACUGAGGCCCCAUGAUACCGAUGACAACAAAAGCUUUAUCAAUGUAUAUUUUCUAUGUAUAUACCGUCGUUUCAACGAAUCAGUUCUUAAGGAUAUCUGAGAGCGAAACAAAAACUAUAUGCAACCUAUAUAGUGCGUCUAUGAAGCAAUCUAUUUGGUGUGACUUAGUCCAAGCUGUAGCAUAGUGAGCAACCUAUUAAUCUGGGAUGCGUUUUUAAUCUUUAUGAGUGAGCUGUGUGUCGCAAAUACCCAAAACCAGAAUAAAGUUCAAAUCAAACAAG